AUGGCCAAUGUAAAGGAGCGGCCGCGGGCGCGGUUUGCUCCUAUCCCGAUCGAGACCACUUUUGAACGAUACCGAAAGACGAUCCCCGCCGGCGAGCUUACACCCAGCCCGUCCCCACGGUCCUUGUCACCGCCGCCCCGAACUCGAACUCGGGAGAAGCGGAAAUUCGCCCCUCAACUAGUCGAGUCCUCGGUGCGCCGAGCAAAAAGAGCAGGCGACGAGGGCCCCGCUACCAAGCAUACCGACAGGACAGACAUCACCCCUUACACAAAUCACAUCUAUGCGCCGAGAGCCCGCAAGCGUUUCGACCAUGGGCCACCCUCGGAGGAGGCGUUGGCACAGAAGGGCCAUGGGCGGCGGGAGUCAUGCGACGACGAGAUUGCUGGCGGCGUCUUUGACCUGGUUGCCCGCGAUGCAAAGAUGAAGCUACAAGAGGUGGCCAUGAGCGCCUUUCCCAACAGUGGCCAAAGGAUAGGCGGUGCCGAGCACUUUUACGUGCGUGAGGGCUCGGAAGACGACAGUCCUCGGGGUCGGCCCUUGACAAGAGGGCCGUGGAACCCCUUGCAGUCCCGGAGGAACUCGUCUGAGGAGGACAUCAGUUGGGCCUUCAAGGAGAUGCAGGAGCAUGCGCAGCUGCUGCAUCGGAUAAGGUCGCGGGACCGAAUCGACACGCUGGACCUUGACAACAUGAGCAUAGACGGCCCACCGAGCGACGCCAUGGGCCUAACAAGGACCCAAAGAACAUCCAUCGCCAGCUCCCCAGAAUGGCCAUCACGGCGGCCAUCGUCGAGCUCCCUCGGGCCGAUCGGGGACUCCCCUAUGCCCCUUCUCCGCGCCGAAUCACCCCUCCCGACCAUCGGCGAGUCGACAAUGCCCUAUCUCCCCCCAGAAUCCCCAGCGUUCCGCCCGAUCGGCGAAAGGCACAUGCCGUACAUCCCCUCCGCCCCGCCCGGCAAAGCUGGCGACAUGCCUUACGCCCCGGCCUCCAAGAUCCCCGCUGAAACCGGCUUCGGCCGCAGCUCCCCAUUCGCGCCAUUCCCCCCCGAGCGCGACAUGUCGCUCGAACGAGCCCGCCAGCAGCACCGCCUCCGGCUGAAGUCCUCGCCGCCCAUGCUCGGACAAGACCUCACUUUCCGGCGGUGCCCCUCUCCCAAGCAAACCAAGCUCGAACCCGACCACCUCUGGGAUGUAGCCACGGGCACCACCCUAGAGGACCACAACCGUGACCCAACAGGGGAGCACGGUUUGUGGCGUGGGUAUUGCUACACAACAAAUCCGUCCGAGAAACUCGUCCCCGCCGAGCGCCUAACCAUGCUCACUACCCCGGCCCCGGCCGCAUCCCACAACAACGCCAACGACCCCUUCUCGCGCGACUUCGGAGGCGGCCUGACCUCCGCUCCAACCGUGACGCUCAGCGAGGAGCCGGCCUCACUCCUACCAAACGGAGGCGCGAGCAGCGGUGGCGGCACACACUCCGUACCCGGCAUGGUGCCGGAGCACCGCACGAAAUCACAAGCGCCCAAGGGCCUGCACAUGCUGCAGAACCUGCAGAACCUAGACGAGAAGCUCAAGCGCGAGAAGGCGGCGGCCGACCGCGAGGAGCAGAUCGCCGCCGAGUUCGACGAGCACUUUGUCUCGCAGGUCUACAACUACCUCUCCCUCGGCUACCCGGCCACCGCCCGCCAGUACGACGGCGAGCUGGCCAAGAUCAGCCGCAUCCCCGUGGCGGAGCUGGAAAAGGGCGAUCGGGAGUUUAUGGAGACUUUGUGGGGGGCUAAUGGGGAUGGGUCGAGCGAGGACGGUGGGAUGGAUGGGGCUGCGGCUGCUACGACGGGGAAGAAGUCUGGCGUUAGGGGCCACCUCAUGCUUGACAGCGAGGCUAAGGACGGCGUCAAGGAGGAGGACCGAUGCCAGCGCUGGAAGGCCCUCAAGCUGUAUAUCUAUGAGUGGGCUCGCCAGCAUCCCGAUCUUAAUGCCAUCAGCCCGUCGGCCUGGGGCGUACAGGAGCGGAGAGGUAGUUGGGGGAUUUAG